AUGGCCAAGCUGCCCCCAGACCGCCCAGCUGAGCGCCUGCAGAGCAAGGAGAAUUUCUACCAGGACACGCAAUCGCGCCUGUGCUAUUCUGUCGGACUCUACCUCUCCGACAUGCUCAACUACACGUCGUUCAUGGUGUUCCUGCACCCGCCGGCACAGACGUCGGUCACGGCCUUGCUUGCACCCUUCGCUCCGGCCACGUGGGUGGGCGCGGCGGCGAUGGUAGCGUUGCUGGCGGCGGCGGUGCGAGGCGCGGCGAGCUGCGAGCACCGCUUCGCGCCCACGCCGCCAGCCCCCAGAGCCGCCCCCGGCCCCGGCCCCGCUCUUGUCCCCACGCGCCACGUCCGGGUCACGUGGGGGGACGCCGCCAUGUUCGCCGUCGGUGUCGCCACGUUGCAAGGGACCAGCUUGGAGGCGCGCUGGGUGUCGAGUCGGCUGCUGCUGCUGGUGGCGUUCGCCUUCACCGUGCUGCUGGACGCCAAUUACAACGGCGCCAUCGUGAGCGCGCUGCUGGCGCCCGCCCCGCACUCCAUUCGCACGCUGCGCCAGCUGGCCGAGAGCCCGCUCGCCGUGGGCCUCGAGGACAUCGACUACAACCUGGCGCACCUGCAGGACCCGGGCGUAGAGCUGCUGCGCGUGCGCAAGCGGCCGACGGCGCUGCCUCUGGGCGAGGGCGUGCGGCGCGUGGCGGGGGGCGGGUUCGCCUUCCAGGCCGAGGCGCCGUCGCUCUUCCCGCUGCUGGACGCGCAGUUGGACGACGCCGGCCGCUGCGCGCUCGCUCACGUGCUCUUCAUGCCGCACUCCAUGCCCUACGGCGCCGUGCCCCGCGGCUCGCCUCUGCGCGAGGACGCCACUCAC